AUGUUAGCAUUCCAAGGCAUCGUGUCAAUGGCGAAACCAGUGCAACCCAUGACCAACGAUCUCGCGGCUGAUCGAGCAAUUGGCGGCGGUGCUUCUCGCCGGCGGGACCUCGUCUUUGUAGUCAACCCCAGAGGAAUUUUGAAUUGGGAAUGGACAGGCGCUAAUGGAAAGACUGGUGAGCAAUGGAAGAAAUUGCUGCCUUAUCUCAGGUCUCGCCUUGGUUCUGAGUGCAAUAUUUGUGAAUCUUUGACGUCGGGUCCUUGCCACGCUAUUGACAUCACGAGGGAGGCUAUUCGAGAGGGUGCUGAUGCAGUUGUUGCUGUUGGUGGCGAUGGCACACUACAUGAGGUUGUCAAUGGCUUCUUCUGGGGUGGAAAACCUGUUGCUAGCCAUGAUUCUAAUUUGAGCCAUAUCACUGCUCUUGGUCUCAUCCCUUUGGGCACUGGAUCUGAUUUUGCUAGAACGUUGGGUUGGAAAAAUGAUCCUCAUGAUGCCAUUGAACGGAUUGCCAAGGGGCUGAGGUCCCGGAUUGAUGUUGGAGUUAUUAAUCAAGAAAAUGGAUCUCCACAUUAUUUCAUAAAUGUUGCUGACAUUCAUCUAAGUGCAAAGGCCGGUUAUUAUGCCUCGAGAUACAAGAAAUUUGGGAAUUUAUGUUAUGUGAUUGGUGCUUUGCAAGCCUUUUUCAGUCACCAUAACCGAGACUUUAGGAUUAAGGUUGAUGGAUGUGAAUGGGAAGAAUGUCCCCAGGUUACAGCUCUUUGUAUAGGAAAUGCAAAGUUCUUUGGUGGUGGAAUGAAAAUUACUCCGAAUGCAGAUCCAUCCAGUGGGAAAUUUGAGGUGGUUAUCCUUCAAGAUUUCAAAUGGUAUGAUUUCAUUCUUAAUCUGCACAAGCUGUACAAAGGGACACACUUAUCAGUACAAAAUGUCUUUGCUCGAAGUGCACAAUCGAUUGAGGUUGAGGAGAUCGUUCCGAGCAAUAGCAUAUAUGUCCAGUCUGAUGGAGAAUACUUAGGUUUCCUGCCAACGAAGUUCUGUAUCUUACCCAGUGCAAUUGAACUCAUAUGUUAA